UAGUUUAAAUCGAAUGGUCGUUGGUGAUACUUGUUUCGAUUAUGGGAAAUUUAAUUUUAUUUUUGUUGUCAAUCGGUGUCGUUCAAUGUUGUGAAUUUCGUGAUGAUGGUGACACAGGCGAAUCGAUAUUCUUGACCGAGUACAUAGAAAAAGGGCAAUUCGAGUUGGCCAAAAAUUUAUCGACGGUAAAUCAUGACGACAUGAAAUGGUUGACAAGUUAUGCCGGCUUUUUAACUGUGAACAAAGAGUAUAAUUCGAAUAUGUUUUUCUGGUUUUUUCGUGCCGAAUUCUAUCAAGCUACCGCUCCGGUGGUUUUGUGGUUGGAUGGUGGUCCUGGUGUUUCAUCGCUGUAUGGCUUGUUUCAAGAAAAUGGACCCUUUUCCAUCACGAAAGAGAAGCUUCUUCAGCCGAGAAACUACUCAUGGCAUUUAAAUCAUAACUUGUUGUACAUUGACAAUCCAGUCGGUACUGGAUUUAGUUUUACAGACAAUGAUGCUGGCUAUGCAAAAAACCAGGAAGAUGUGGGAAAAGAUCUCCUUUCCGCGAUUCAACAAUUUUUCACUUUGUUUUCUGAGCUGAGAGGUAACGCUUUUUAUAUCACUGGUGAAAGCUACGGAGGGAAAUAUGUGCCUGCUCUGUCAUAUCAAAUUUAUCGAAAUAUCAACAGUACAGAUCCGAAGGAUAAUAUCAAUUUGCAAGGUUUGGCUAUCGGUAACGGACUUAGUGAUCCAAUUAAUCAAAUGCAAUACGGAGAUUAUUUCUAUCAAUUGGGUCUGAUCGACACAAAUGGGCUGACGACCUUCAAAGACAUCGAGAGAGAAAUAGCAGACUGCAUCGAAAAGAGAGAUUUCGAGGGCGCAAAUAGCGUAUUUCACAAAUUGAUCGAUGGCGAUGAAACCACAAAUGGGACGUCUGUGUUCAAAAAUUUAACGGGCUUCAACAACUACUUCAACUAUUUGAGACCCUUUGCAGACGAAUCCGACGAUGAAAAUUUGAGUGAAUUUGUGGAAAUGUGUGCUACGCGUAAGGCGCUUCACGUCGGAAAUAAUACAUUCCACGAUGUCGAAAAUAUUGGGAAAGUCGAAGAGCACUUGAGAGGUGAUAUUAUGACCAGUGUGAAAGAUUGGAUCGCUGAGCUGCUCGAACAUUACAAAGUCAUGAUUUAUAGCGGUCAGCUGGACAUAAUCGUGCCCUAUCCGCUGACCGUAAAUUAUCUUAAAAAAUUGCAAUUUAAUGCAGCUGAGGAUUAUAAGACGGCCAAGCGUCAUAUCUGGCAUGUUGACAACGAAAUAGCUGGAUACGUAAAACAUGCUGGUAAUUUAACGGAAGUAUUGGUCAGAAAUGCCGGCCAUUCGGCUCCAGUCGAUCAACCAAAAUGGAUUCUAGAUAUGCUGCUGCGGCUGACCACCGGAAAAGGAUUUUUCGAGAAUUCAUAAGUUAUUAACAACGAAAAUAUCUUCCAAUUUAAAAUUUACUGGGAAGCAUUAUACAUUGCCUACGGUGCCAGUCAGUCUAUUGAAUUCGUAAACUCAAUAAAAGAUUUUCAGUCAC